AUGUCGACUAACGGCGUCGUCAUCAACGGUUAUAAAAUUCGCAAGACCUCCGCUAUCGUCAUGCACGGAGACACGAUCAAAAUCCCAGCCUCACUAACUUUCCAGUGCGUCCAAAAAUGGAGGUGUCUCCCAGACAGGCGUACGACCCUCCUUGUCCCCUCACCUCAUUCAAUCAAGAACAUGGGUCGAUAUCUUAUCACACCACAUUGCCUCGGGACGGGUAGUUACGCCACUGUUCAUCUCGCCAUCGAUACAUCUGCGCAUCGGCAGGCUGCGUGUAAGAUCAUUAGGAGGAAAGAAGGUUCCGAUCUCAAGAAAGACAUGAAGGAGGCUACCAUGCUAAUGGCAUUGCAUCACCCGAACAUUAAUAGGGUAUAUGCGGUUGAAUCCGACUCGGAAUUCUUAUACAUCAUGCUCCAACUCUCCACCGGUGGUGAUUUAUUUACCUACAUUACUACUCAUGUCCGGCACCGCCUUUGCGAAGGCGAAAGCAAGUAUAUUACGUAUCAGCUACUCAAGGCCUUAAAGUACCUGCAUGAUCGGAUGAUCUCGCAUCGGGACCUAAAACCGGAAAACAUUCUUCUUCAUACCCCCGGUCCAUACCCGCGCAUACAAAUCGCGGACUUUGGUCUAGCACGUCCAAAGGCAUUCCAGGAGACCCUGCAUGUCUGCGGCACAAUUUCCUACUUGCCUCCAGAGGCUGUCCGUGCACUGGACUGCCCUGAUCUUGGCUACGUGGGAAUGCCUGCAGACUGCUGGAGCACAGGCGUCGUGAUCUUCGCUAUGCUUUCGUGGGUCCUCUCGUUUCGACCAAGCGCACUUGUUCCACUCUACCCCGUGCUGACCUGUGUUCUUUCCAGAGGCAGUCAUCCAUUUGAUUUUGAGGGUUCUCUAUAUGGUACCGAAGACUCCUCGUUUUCGGAAGAGGUAGGUUCGGACGGCCUUGGCACCGGCUGGUCACAGGGUUCGCACAUUCGCGACGAACGAACAAAGCAACGAAUUCUCGAGGGAAACAUUACCUUUUGCGAGGUCAUAUGGGACCCUUUAAAAGAUGGUGGGUACACACUUGUCCCGGCGAUGCACUAUGUGUUAUUGUAUCUCGCGAAUCUAUGA